AUGACGAAGUUUCUCUCUCUGGCCACAGCAGCUGCAGUGUUAACCCUCCCUCAAGGAAGCAAUGCCCUCGUUAGACCGGGGAAUGUGGGGAAACUACCCGCGCUAGGCUGGAACUCGUGGAAUGCGUUUGGCUGCGAUAUUGAUGCCGCCAAGAUCAUGACUGCCGCGAACGAGGUCGUCAAGCUGGGCCUGAAGGACCUGGGAUAUGAGUAUAUCAAUAUCGAUGAUUGCUGGUCCGUCAAGAGCGGACGGGACGCGAGCACGCAGCGCAUCGUCCCGGACCCUGCGAAGUUCCCUGACGGCAUCUCGGGCCUAGCAGGCCAGAUCCACGAUCUGGGGCUGAAAGUCGGGAUCUACAGCAGCGCCGGGCUGACGACCUGCGCCGGAUACCCUGCCAGUCUGGGUCACGAAGCUAUCGACGCCCAGACAUUCGCGGAAUGGGGCAUUGACUACCUGAAGUACGACAACUGCGGUGUCCCCUCGAACUGGACCGACGCGUACACCUACUGCGUCCCAGACCCGAGCAGUAAAGCCACCAACGGGACCUGUCCCGAUAACAAGAAUCCCGCGCCGGCGGGCUACGACUGGCGCAAUUCGCGGACAGCCGAGCGGUACAGGCGGAUGCGCGAUGCGUUGGUCAGCGUCGACCGCACGAUCCUGUACUCGCUGUGUGACUGGGGCCAAGCGGACGUGAACGCCUGGGGCAACGAGACAGGCAACUCCUGGCGCAUGUCCGGGGAUAUCAACCCAUCCUGGCCCCGCAUCGCCGCAAUCGCCAACGAGAACUCCUUCCUGAUGAACUAUGUUGAUUUCUGGGGCCAUCCGGACCCGGACAUGCUGGAGGUCGGCAACGGCAACCUCACACUAGCAGAGAACAGAGCUCACUUUGCGCUCUGGGCGGCGAUGAAGUCGCCCUUGAUCAUCGGGACUGCUCUUGACUCCAUCAGCCAGGCCCAUCUCGCCAUCCUCUCAAACAAGAUUCUCCUAAAGUUCCACCAGGACCCGGUGAUCGGCCGUCCUGCGCACCCAUAUAAAUGGGGGUACAAUCCUGACUGGACGUUUGACCCUGCUCACCCGGCAGAGUACUGGUCCGGCGCGUCGUCGACGCUGGGUGGCACGCUGGUGCUGAUGCUGAAUUCGGAAAAUACGAAGCAGACGCGUACGGCUGUGUGGAAGGAGGUUCCUGAGCUCAAGAGGCAGGGGAAACGGCGCACUGGAUUUCAUGUGACGGAUGCCUGGACCGGGAAGGAUUUGGGUUGUGUGAGAGAUCAUUACAGUGUGGAAUUGGAGAGCCAUGAUGUGGCCGCGUUGGUUGUGGGCAGGGCAUGCUAG